CGUAGUGGGCCGGAGCACGAUGGCGGCGGCCUUGGCUGCAGAGUCCCCGGGCUCCACUCGGGGCCCGUCACGCGUGGGUUUCGUGGGCGCGGGCCGCAUGGCCGAGGCCAUCGCGAGCGGCCUCAUCCGAGCAGGAAAAGUGGAAGCGCAGCUCGUGUUGGCCAGCGCGCCCUCAGACAGGAACCUCUGCCACUUCCGGGCCCUGGGCUGCAAGACGACGCACUCUAACCAGGAAGUGCUGCAGACAUGCCAGCUGGUCUUCUUUGCCACCAAGCCCCACAUCCUGCCCUCCGUCCUGGUAGAGGUGGCCUCCGUGGUUACCUCUCAGCAUAUCCUGGUGUCCGUGGCUGCAGGGAUCUCACUAAGCACCUUAGAAGAGCUGCUGCCCCCCAUGGCCCGGGUCCUCCGGGUGUCACCCAACUUGCCCUGUAUGGUCCAGGAGGGGGCCAUAGUCCUGGCACGGGGCCGCCAUGUGAGGGACAGUGAGGCCCAACUCCUGCAGACCCUGCUGGGAGCCUGUGGACAGUGCGAGGAGGUGCCCGAGGUCCACAUAGACGUCCACACCGGCCUCAGCGGCAGCGGCGUAGCCUUUGUGUGUGCCUUCUCCGAAGCCCUGGCCGAAGGUGCUGUCAAGAUGGGCUUGCCCAGUGGCCUGGCACAUCGCAUCGCUGCCCAGACGCUGCUGGGCACAGCUAGGAUGCUCCUGCAGGGUGGCCAGCAUCCAGCCCAACUGCGGACGGACGUGUGCACGCCCGGUGGCACCACCAUCCACGGCCUGCACGCAUUGGAGCGAGGUGGGCUGCGGGCAGCUGUCAUGGACGCCGUGGAGGCUGCCACCUGCCGGGCCAGAGAGCUGAGCAAAAAGUAGAGAGGAGGCAGGGACCUAUCUGCCUUGGCUUCCCUCGGGGGGGCAGUAGGGAUGGGGUAAAGCCACCAGGAGGGGCCCUGACUGUAGGACGUGGCUCUCCAAGCCCAGAAGGCUCCGCAAGCCACGGCAGGACCCCAGGCCCACUGCCCUUCCCAGCCCCUCUGCGUCCUCCAGUCUC